AUGUCUCCAACAACCACUCUUACAACGCGCAGAGGUACGCAGGGUAAACCUGCUACCUCCGGGGUUCCGAAUCAAACGCUAUACUGUACCAACCUUCCGGACAAGCUGCGCAAACUUGACUUGCGGCUCUCGCUAUACACCCUGUUCUCCACCUACGGAACCGUUUUGGACGUGGUGGCUAUGAAGACCAAGAAGAUGCGCGGUCAGGCCCAUAUCGUGUUCAAGGAUGUCCAAGCUAGCACACAAGCAAUGCGUGCGCUUCAGGGGUUUGAGUUUUUUGGCAAGCAAAUGAAAAUUGUUUAUGCGAAAGGCACUUCGGAUGUUAUUGCCAGACUCCGCGGAACAUAUAGUAUGGCACCAGCGGGUGCUGCAGCUCAGCCUGGGGUCGCAUCUUCAGAUUUGCAAAGGUCGAUCUUCAGCGGACCUCCCGGGUCGGCAGCGCUACCGCCGAAAUCCACCGGGGAGGUUAACGGUGAUCCCCUGGCAACCCAAGGAGUCAAGCGGCCUCGCGAGGAGGAAAGUGACGGAGGGGAAGCACCGAUGGAUGAGGACAGCGAUGUGCCGAUGGAAGCCUCAUCCGAUGAAGACUAG